CGUAAAACCCUUGAAAACAGAGAAAAUUUGCGAAGAAAGAGCACAAGGAAGAAAGGCAAGGAAGCAAACACCUGCUUCCAACUAAAGAGGCUAACACCACCGGGAUCUGCUUCCUUCUGCCUCUGCCUCGGCCCCUCCACUCCUUUCCGAGAGCUUUCCCGUGAAUCAAGUCGGCCCAACAACUGAACUGGGAUUUCAGUGGGCGAGACAGAAUGAAAAGCUCACUCAACCUGACGCUUCUGAUUUCCCGUGUCCCGGAGAAAAGUCAAUUGCUGUACCCGCCAAGAUUCAAUCAGAAUAAGCAGUUCAAUCUCCUCCUUUGAUUCACGCCACCAUGGAUUUUCUUGGGUGUGCCUCAAAACUUGGUCUUUCUUUCUGUCUGGAGUGUUGAAUCAGUAGAAUGAGGAUUACGCUUAAUGUUUCCUGAUGAUUCAGAGAUUAUUAGCUCUUUUGAAAGAAUUCUCCGACAAUGUUAUCCGGGUCAAGACCAUUCACGCGCGGAUUAUUGUUGAGGGUCUCUACACCCAGCAACCUUUGGCCCAUAGACUUGUGAGGAUUUACUCUGAUCUGGGCAUCCUGCAGUAUGCGCGCCAUGUGUUCGAUAAAACUUCUCACCCAGAAACUCCUCUCUGCAAUGCUAUGAUUAGUGGGUACGUCAGAAACGAGCGGUUCACAGAGGCUCUUGAUCUGUUCAAGUUGAUGAGGUCUCGGUGUUUAGAGAUCGACAGCUAUUCGUGUAAUUUCGCCUUGAAGGCCUGCACGGCGUUGUCGGAUUCCCAAACCGGCAUGGACAUCAUAAAAUUUUCAAUCAACAGAGGAUUCCGAAAUGAGUUUCUUGGCAGUUCAAUAAUAACAUUUCUGGUGAAACUCGGUAAUGUAAAUGAAGCGAGAGAGGUUUUUGAUCAUUUGCCCGAGAGGGAUAUUGUCUGUUGGAACGCAAUGAUCAGUGGUUAUGUGCGGGCAGGCAAAUUUAAUGAGGCUUGUGAUUUGUUCAUCAAGAUGCAGAGAUGCGGAGUUAAACCGAGCCCUGUUACUAUGGCUAGCUUGGUUCAGUUGUGUGAGGGAUUUCAAAGCUUGAGGCUCGGAAAAAGUGUUCAUGGGUCCACCUUUAAUCGUCAAGUGGAUGGUGAUGUUCGAGUUAUGACCUCACUUGUCAACAUGUACUCUAGGUUGGGAGAUAUAGCGAGUGCCUUUCAGGUUUUCAACUCCAUGCCCGUAAGGAAUUUGGUCUCCUGGAAUGCCAUGAUCUCAGGAUAUAUUCAAAACGGUUUCAUCCGUGAAGCUUUUGCACUUUUCCAGGAAUUAGUUAAGGAUAGUUGCCGAUGUUUUGAUUCAGGGACGAUAGUCAGCCUGCUUCAUGCCUGUGCUCUUCGAGUGGAUCUUGAAGGUGGGAAGGUAAUCCAUGGCUGCAUGUAUAGAAUGGGUUACGAGCUGAGCAUUAUUUUGAGUACUGCACUUGUAGAUUUGUACUUGAAGUGUAAUGCCCUAGAGCUUGCCUUGCGUGUCUUUGACAGGAUGCAAGAUAGGAAUGUGAUCACUUGGACCGCCAUGAUGGUCGGGUUGGCACAGAAUGGGCGAGCAGGAGAAGCACUGAAAUUGUUCCGCCAGAUGCAGGAGGAAGGAGUUGUUGCCAAUCCUGUGACUCUCGUUAGCCUAAUCCAUGCUUGCACCCACUUUGGCACUCCGAGAAAAGGGAUGAGUGUUCACGCCCAUAUACUUCGUCGUAAUAUCGAUUUUAGUUCCGUGAAUGUGACUGCCCUAAUUGAUAUGUAUGCCAAGUGCGGGAAAAUUGAUUAUGCAGAUCGGGUGCUUAGGUUUUGUCCCGUGCAAAAAGAUGUGAUUCUCUGGAACUCUUUGAUAGCAGGCUUUGGUAUGCACGGUUUUGGAGGCAGAGCUCUUGCUGCCUAUCAUAAGAUGAUAGAUGAGGGAAUCAAACCUGAGGAAAGCACUUUUGUUUCUGUUUUAACAGCGUGUAAUCACUCGGGACUUGUGAAAGAGGGAGCUGAACUAUUCUACAGCAUGGAAACGGAUCAUAACAUUAGACCGGGUCAGAAGCUCUAUGCUUGUUUUGUGGACCUUCUCAGUCGUGCAGGCCGCUUGGGAGAAGCCAAGGAUUUGAUUCAACAGAUGCCAUUUGAACCUGAUAGCUCUGUGUUUGAAGCCCUGUUGAAUGGGUGCCAAGUGCACAAGAAUGUCGAUCUUGGUGUAAGGGCUGCUGGCAGGUUGCUUCAGUUAGAUAUCGCUAACCCAGGAAUAUAUGUCAUGUUGUCGAAUAUAUAUGCACGAGCCAGGAAGUGGGAUCAGGUUGAGUAUGUUCGAGGGCUUAUGAGGCAAAGAGGACUGAUGAAAACACCUGGAUUCAGUCUCGUAGAGAUAGGAGAGACUGUCCACACUUUUUUCGCUGGAAACAAUUCGCACCCGAACUGGCCUGAAAUCGAGGAAUUGCUUGAUACUUUGAGAUUGGAAGUGGAGGCUUUGGGUUACGCAGCAGACACUAGUUGUGUUCUUCGGAAUGUGGACGAGCCAAUGAAGGUGAAGCUGCUGUGGGGUCACAGCGAGAGGCUAGCGAUCGCUUUCGCUCUGCUGAGCACGCCGGCAGGAAGCUCGAUUAGGAUCACCAAGAACCUGCGGGUCUGCAUCGAUUGCCACAAUGUGACCAAGCACAUCUCCCAGGUUGUCAAGAGGGAAAUAGUUGUGAGAGACGCCAAUCGGUUUCAUCACUUUGUAAAUGGGAGAUGCUCUUGCAACGAUUACUGGUGAUGGAGAAGAAAUGCAUUUCGAUGUUAUAAUUCGAGUUUUAUACAUUUCCUUCCUGUUCUACCGUACCAAUGAGGUUUUAGAACCACAUGGCCUGCAUUUGGACGACCAGAUACGAAAGGAUAUAAGAUUGGAAAGGGAAGGAAAUUAAUGCUGCGAUUGGUUUCAAAAUAGGAUUUUAAAAUCAGAUUUUGAUUUUAAAAAAGAGUAGUAUAAAUGGAGCACAUCCUUUGACUUUUUAUGAAUUAUUUUAUUUUGUUGUGAAAAAAAGUAAUAUAAAUGGAGCUCACUUUUUGACUUUGUA